AUGGAAUUUGAAAUCAAAGUGCUGCUGGCAGAUACCAGCGACUACCAAAUCCUUACUAAAGCUCUCGCACCGCUUUUCGUAAAAGAGGAGACCUAUUGUGAUUAUUUCUUCGACUUCGAAAAUGAGGCGCUAACGCAGACGGACUCUGUUGUGCGUCUUCGCGUGCCGAUCCAGAAGCCUAAUCCUAGCACGCUUCCCAUUUGGUGUGGGGGCAACGUUUUUCGCAAUAAGCAGGAGAACGAAGGGGAGCGCUUUGUGCCGACACCAGACACUGUGACAGGGGACAGUUGCUAUGAGCACUUCCUGAGCUCCUGUCGAGGUCCCAACCCAAUCAGGCAGCAGAUGCAGAUUCAAGAACAACAGCGCGCGGCGGCGUGUGGGGUUGGAUCUGUGGAUGCGGAGGUGGCUUCCGCGUCAUCAGUGAACGAUCCCCACAACGAUUUAAGCCCGCUUGCCGCGUUGGGACUCAGUCUUGAUCCUGCUGAUGAGAAUACUAUGAAUUUGGUCGAAGGAGCGUGUGGAAGGCUUGUGUUUAAACAAAACAACAAGGUUACUGACGGUUGUCAAUUGAAUUUUAUUCAAGAAGAUAAUAACGUGCCCCCGGAUGUGGUGAAAGAUUUGCUUCUGCAAGGAAGGAAUAAUGGACAUGCUACUUCGCUGUUUCGCGUUCUCGAGCGAUACGCGGAGCAGCGCCAGCACGAAUUUAUGCAGCAGGAUUCUAUCCAGCAGCAAGGCAGUAGUGGCUCGGAUCAGAAUAAAGCACCAAUACUGCAGAUUCUGGAACGUCUGCGUUAUAUAUCCAAUCAAAUACGAAAAUGUGCACCUUUGCAGGUCGAGGCAGGUAGUGAGGAUGAUGGUGGUAAUUUCUACUACAGCCAGGUGCGUCAUGCGGCGGGAACCCACCUCCAACUUAGCACAUUGGCCGAAACGCAAGCAUCAAAUUUUCCCCCAUAUGAACUAAUUAAUAUGGGGCACUACAUAUCUACCAGGAGAACCUAUCGAUACCUUCGGGGUAUUUUCAGCACCGAAAGCGAUUCUGACAGUAAUGAUCUACUUCUUGGCAAGGUCGCAUCGACUUGUACUUCCACAUGUACAAAGGAGCAAUCGUGGCGAGAUAAUUUGAAGAUUCGAAUUGACAAGACGUUCUAUCCAUUUGGAGAGAAGUACGAACUUGAGGUUUCACAGAUUGAUGGACCUCUGGAGGACGAAAUCUUAGCAGAGAUAAAGGCUCUGCUUAUAAAAUUACAGGUCAAGUAUUAUCUCGGUUCUGAAGGGAAGUAUGCCCGUUUUAUACGUGAGAUGCGGAAUGAAUAUGUACAGUCACAGAAUGUACAAGACGUUAAACUGCGUCUGAGCAGUUUUAGCAGUUAUGAGGAGGUUCGGAAUAAUUUGAAUGAAAUCAUGAUGUCUGUUCAAGGAGACAGCGCCGCCGAUCCCAACGAAAACUGUAGAAUAGAAGGUUCACGAAAGCGACAGCGAAAAUGUCACGAACUGCUGCCCAACGCGAUGGCCCCAAUCAAUGAGCAUACGUGCGAACUAACCGCCUCGGACUUAACAGAGUUCCAAGAGAACUACUUUUUUGACGGCCCUAAUCGUGAACUCCAUCAGCAGAAAUGCUUUCUCCGGCUGCGAUGCUACAACCAUACCGCAUACUAUACCCUCGUUCUGAAGGAAAAUCAGUCUUUCAAAGAUGGACAACAAAUCAGUCGCACGAGCAAAGUCAAACCGUCUGCGGACGUGGCGCGUAUGCUAAUCCAGAACCCAACGCAGUUCUUGUUGGCUGAGCGCGAGCAUAACGCCAUCGCUAGGAGGCUAUGGGGUUAUUUUGGGCUGCGGUCACUCUGUGACACGGUUAGGUUCACCACCACCCGUGUCACAGUGCCGUGGCUGUCGGCGCAAAGCCAGCGGGCCUCCCCUAUGCAUGGGGUGGACGCCUCGGCGUUAGGGCGGUGUCUGUCCCAAGGCAGCGUCUCCUCACAGUCUAUGCCCGCAAGUACACGCAUCGAUUUCACCCUGAGGCCAACUGCGCACGCCGUCCACCCCUUUGUUGGUGUGCCAGGGUCACGGCAAUGCGACGAGGAGGCGAAUGUAGUUGAGCCGCUGCAGAUCCAUUUGGACAGAACUCAGUACCUGCUUCCCUCUCGUCUGAAGGAGGGGCCGCAGCAAUCCUUUGGACCUCCGUUGCGCACACAGGUCACUUUCAAUCACCCGUCCAUUGUCGACAAGCAAAGCGAUGAGUGCUGUGAGCUUUAUGAGAUCGAGGUGACAAAUAUUAUGCCUUAUACCUCACCCUCGGCGGUAAUGGAAGAGCUGACGCACAUAUUGGACGGGAUAGGUGUGGAGUGGCGGCCGGGCAUUCAAAGUAAAUUGGAUCAAUACUACACACUGCUGUCAAUGAAAGGGGACUUUCCAACUUUUUCGCAAGAAUAA